AUGAGUAAGAAAGAGCCUACCAUAGAUCAGUACACACAGCUCAAAAAUGAACUUACCAAGCUGAUCCUAAAAAAACAGGAGCUCGAUGCUCAGCUUCUGGCCUUGGAAGAGGCCAUCUAUGACAAGGAAAACGAUUACUUCAACGAAAGCACAUAUGGUAACAUUGUGAAGGGUUUUGACAACUUUGCCAAAUCGUCCUCAGGAGGCUCCAACAAGCGCAAAAUGAUAUAUACAGAUGAUGACCAUAUCUUCAGUUUGUCGUCUUCCACAUUUGUGAAGACUUUGAUGAAACGUGAAGGUGUGAACACUGGCGCCCCAGAUCUAGAUGACUACGAGGACUCGGUGGAUCCUGUGAGUGGUCCGACGACCGCUGGCACGGAGAGCAAUGGCGGAACGCCUGCUAGAAAAAGAAAGAGUCGAUUCGAAGAGAAAUAG